AUGUCCAUUCGCCAACACGAAGUAUACAAUGACACCGACUCACUUGGAUGCUUCUACGACCCGGCCGACAACCGCAUUUUCUGGCUGGCGACUUCCUCUGACGACAUGACCAAGGCGGUCUGUUCGGACCACUGCAGCGCGUACCCGUACUACGGAACUCAGUAUUCGGUAGAGUGCUGGUGCGGUGACGAGAACGCCGACUAUGAUGCGAACGGUGCCAGCAACGAGUGCGUGAUGCCCUGCGCGGGCGACGCCAGUGAGACGUGUGGAGGCUCCUACAGUAUGAGUGUCUACCAGAACGAAGUGGAAAUCCCUGUGGACCCCGCGUACCGUGGCUGCUACUCCGACCCAGGCACCAACCGUGUUUUCGUGCAGGACGAUUCCUCUGACGAGAUGACCGCAGAGGUCUGCGCGGCGCAAUGCGACGAAUCGGCCUUCUACGGAACGCAGUACUCGAGGGAGUGCUGGUGCGGUGACAUCAACGCCCAAUACUCCGUCAAUGGCGUCGGCGUGUGCGACAUGCCCUGCUCGGGCAACUCCGAAGAAUCCUGUGGGGGUUCCUACAGCAUGGACGUAUACGCCCAGGACCCGGCGUACCUUGGGUGCUUUUCGGACCCCGCCGACGGCCGCAUGUUCGUGUGGGAGAGUUCCAACACCGCUAUGACCGCAGAGGCGAGCCGUUAA